AUGUCCUCCUUGCUCACACCCUUGUACGACCUACUGAAAAAUGAUUCUGUCUGGAAAUGGGAUACUGCCCAAGAGGUAGCAUUCAAAAAGGCUAAAGAUGUGUUGGUAAAUUCUGGAUUUCUAACACAUUUUGAUCCGUCCCGAGAACUUCAGCUUGAGUGCGACGCAUCACCGUACGGAAUAGCAGCAGUUCUAUCACACCGCAUCGAGGGGCAAGACAGACCAAUUGCGUUCAGGUCGAGAACUCUCACGGCGGCAGAACAGAACUACUCCCACCUGGAGAAGGAAGCAUUGGCACUUGUUUUCGGAGUCACGCGAUUAAGAGACUACCUGUGGGGACGACAGUUCAUUCUCCGGACAGACCACAAACCGUUGGUAGGACUCUUCAAAGAAAGCAAGGCUAUAUCAUCCACGGCAGCCAGCAGAAUUCAGCGAUGGGCGUUGACACUGAGCGCCUACAAUUACCAAAUUGAAUAUAAACCUGGACGUCAAAACGGCAAUGCGGAUGCACCAAGCCGCCUUCCCAUAGAAGGAACUGCAACUAAGGGAGAACUCGCAAAUUCAGAAGCAGUAUGUUCUAUCCAAAUCCUGGAGGAGGGGCCACUGUCAGCAAAGCAGCUAGCCGACUUGACAAACCAAGAUGCUACCUUGUCAGCACUCAGGGAUGCCAUACAGCGGGGAUGGCCACAUAAGCUGCAAGACAAGGCAUUGCAACCGUAUUGGUCUCGAAGAGAUGAGCUCUCGACGGACCAAGGACUGAUUAUGUGGGGAAGGAGGAUAAUCAUCCCAGCAAAAGCACGCCAUGCGAUGCUACUGGAACUCCACUCUACACACUCUGGAAUGGUGACAAUGAAAGCAGUAGCAAGAUCACUAUUCUGGUGGCCUGGAAUAGAGGGAGACAUCGAAAACACGGCACGGCACUGCUUGGAAUGUCAACAGGCACAGCCAAUGCCACCAGCAAAGGAACCUCUGUCCUGGCCAUCGACAACUAUAAGAUGGUCACGCGUGCAUAUUGAUUAUGCCGGGCCAGUCGAGGGAAUGGUGCUACUCAUCGUAGUGGACAGCUUCUCACGUUGGAUUGAAGCAAUUCCGGUUAAGAAUGCUUCGUCUGAGCAAACGGUGAAUGAACUCCGCGGUGUAUUCGCAUGGUUUGGAAUUCCACACUGCGUAGUGUCAGACAACGGCACGCCAUUCAUAGGAAAACCAUUCCAGGAUUUUGUGAAAGCUAAUGGGAUACGACAUAUUCGUACAGCCCCAUACCACCCGCAGUCAAACGGACUAGCAGAAAGGGCGGUACGCACGGUGAAGGAUGCGUUGAAGAAAAUGAAGACUGAGGAUUUGCGCACAAGUGUGGACCGCUGGUUGCAUUCAUACCGUCGAUCACCAAACACUGUGUCCGGUAAAUCGCCCUCGGAAAUGCUACUUGGGUACAACAUCAGGUCAAGAUUGGACCUCAUCAGCGUCCGAGAACUGCACAAUGAGGCUAUCUCAAAACCUGACCAGGCACGACCAAGCCCAGAAAAAGGUUCAAGUUCGCAAACAGGUGUCCUCCAGCAAGGGGCGCACGUGUUCGCUCGAAAUUACGGGCGAGGACAAAAAUGGAUUCCUGGAGUGGUACAGACCCAAAAAAGAUCCCGGAUGGCUGUGGUGAAAACGGCGGUCGGAGAUAUGACGCGUCACGCCGACCAACUGCGCCGACGACCUGCGUCGCGGAUCGCCACAGAGGAUGACACCUGGACGUCUGACGUGGAAGUUCACAACCCAAGCCUCCUGACUCCGGUUCGUCCACCUAGAAGAUCAGGACGAUGCAGGAGGUCACCACUACGCUACGGACAACCGGUGACAUACUAA